UCGGACCUCUCCCUGCGGAUAUAACCGCGGUUCUGCCAAAAGACAGACACAAAGGAACGACGGAUAUGAAUUCGUUUUCAACAGGGAGCUGAAGCUGGACAGUCAACAUACCUCCAUGACGUGCGUUUCUCCUUUUUUUUCAGUCAACAAUUAAUCUGAGACCAACGCUCGAUGACCGAACGUGGUCCAUAUCUUUCACAGCUGUAACUGCUUUACGCGUUUUGAGAUCGGCUACCUGGACUUGACACGACCGCACAGAAGCAGUGUUUCCGAACACCGUCCAACGAUCAAGACUUUUCUUGCGGAAAAGAGAAGCAUUUUGGUGACUCAUAGGCUACUCUUGAAUUAUUAGCUUCAUGUUGACUCUUACUGAGAAUUCAUGUGCGCCUGACUUCAAUGUGGGAAUCCUGCGUUUUUUGCAUUCCGCCUUUUGGAUGGUGAUAACUACGCGACAGCAAAUCCCGCGCUGGUUUCCCGCACGUUCUGGCAGUUAGUCGUUAAAUAGCUAUUACUUGCCUAUUGCCAGGUGUAUCGGAGAUGCCACAGGUGCAUGGUAUGGAUUUUAUAUGAAGCAGAUGCUCAAAGAUCACAUAUUAUUCAGUGUACGAAAUUGAACGAGUACAUGAUUCUGUAGCGUGUGUUCUUUUUAUCAGCUUGGAUAGAUAGUUGAAUACGGCUGUGAGGCGAAGUAAUUUACCCGCCUUCUGAACUGCAAACAACUUCAAUGUCCCUCCGCAUUCUGUAUAGCUAUUAACCCAGGCUGUAACACAAUGGACCUCAAAGUAGAAUCAGAAGAAAUGGACUGCAAAAAGCCACCCGCUAUUGAAGUUUUUGCGCACAACUCAACGCUGCACGGAAUUUCGCACAUCUUCACCUAUGAGCGAGUCUGCGUCAAGCGUUGUCUAUGGGUCGUGUUCUUCCUGGGCUCCUUGACUUUAUUAAUGUUUGUGUGCGUGGACCGUAUACACUUCUACCUGGAGUAUCCGCACGUCACCAAACUGGACGAGAUCUCGACCCCGAUGAUGGUGUUCCCCGCUGUCACGUUCUGCAACCUAAACUUUUUCCGCUUCAGUCACGUGACGCGCAAUGACCUGUACCACGCAGGGGAGCUGCUCGCGCUGCUCAACCAGAGAUAUGAAAUUAGGGACACCCACCUGGUGGAGGACAGUGUUCUGGAGGCCCUGAAGGACAAAGCUGACUUCCACAACUUCAAGCCCCGCCCAUUCAACAUGCGCGAGUUCUAUGACCGCACAGGACAUGACAUCAAGGACAUGUUGCUGGCGUGUCACUUCCGGGGGGCCGAGUGCAGUGCCGAUGACUUCCAAGUGGUGUUCACUCGCUAUGGGAAGUGUUACACGUUCAACGCGGGGGGUGAGGGCCGCACACCUCUCAUAACUACCAAGGGAGGGAUGGGUAACGGGCUGGAGCUCAUGCUGGACAUUCAGCAGGAUGAGUACAUCCCUGUGUGGGGAGAGACGGAUGAGACCACGUUUGAGGCUGGGAUCAAAGUUCAGAUCCACAGUCAGGAGGAGCCUUCCUUUAUCGACCAGCUGGGCUUUGGGGUGGCACCUGGGUUCCAGACCUUUGUUUCCUGUCAGGAACAGCGGCUGAUAUAUUUGCCCCCACCCUGGGGGGACUGUAAGGUGACACGGAUAGACUCAGAAUUCUUUGAGUCCUACAGCAUCACCGCCUGCCGUAUCGACUGUGAGACGCGCUACCUGGUAGAGAACUGUAACUGUCGCAUGGUACAUAUGCCUGGAGAUGCCCCAUACUGCACCCCUGAGCUGUACAAAGAGUGUGCUGAUCCAGCUCUUGACUUCCUGGUGGAGAGAGACAACGAUUUUUGUGUGUGUGAGACACCGUGCAACAUGACCAGAUACAGCAAAGAGCUGUCCUUCGUCAAGAUCCCCAGCAAGGCCUCUGCCAAGUAUCUGGCCAAGAAAUACAACAAGUCAGAGCAAUACAUAGCUGACAAUAUCCUGGUUCUGGACAUCUUCUUUGAGGCUCUAAACUAUGAGAUGAUCGAACAGAAGAAAGCCUAUGAAGUAGCAGGACUUUUAGGUAUUUCAAUGAUGACGAGCAAAAAACAUGGAUUCUCUUUUAAAGGAUACUUUGUUGGGAAUGUGUAUCUUUUGGAGAAGUUUAUUAUCUUUGAUCAUUUUGUCCUUCUCUGUUCCCUCCCAGGUGAUAUUGGUGGUCAGAUGGGUCUUUUCAUUGGAGCCAGUCUCCUUACUAUUCUGGAGCUGUUUGACUACAUCUAUGAGGUGAUAAAGUACAAGCUCUGUCGAAGCUCAGAGAAGAAACACAAACACAGCAACAACGACCAGGGAGCUGUUCUGAGCCUGGACGAUGUGAAAUGUCACUCUCUCCGUGACAAUUCCCAUCCACCACCUCCAUACUCUGCCAAUAUGCUACCUUAUCACACAGAGCGAAGCAACUCAGAGGACUUCACCUGCUGAGCCAAUUAGAACACAAGGUAGUAAGGAAUUGAGCAUUUCAGUUUCAUUCAGAAGUAGAUAGAUGUCAGAGUAUAAAGCUUAUUUGUACAGAAUCUUGAUGAUGGGUAAUGCAUAACACUUCAAUAGCACUUAGAUCUCCACUGGUGCAAGAUUAGUGAUAGCCAUGUAUAGCUUGCUUGAUGAUAAUUACUGCAGCCCACAACGUCAUUGAAACUUGCUAUUUCAUCCCAUGUAUACGGAGCAAAUAUUUAGUCUAAACAUGUAACAAUUUCAACAAUUUUAAUGAGUUACAGUUCAUAUAAGGAAAUCAGUCAAUUGAAAUAAAUUCAUUAGGCCCUAAUCUAUGAAUUUCACAUGCCUGAGCAGGG